AUGGAACGCUUCUUGAAGGAGCAACGCGCCGCACAGAGGACGCCAUCAGUGCCCCUGAUGAGAAGAACGGAGCCGCAGGACGUCGACAUUGAGUCUGUGGGAUCCGACCACGGAGAAUACGACCCGGACGAUUUGGACCUCCCUGCCUCCCGUCAAGAGACCGUAGCCACCGAUGCGACAACGACUGGACUGCCAGCAAUCACCCCUCGCAUUCGCGUGUCUGCCAUGUCAGAACUCAAAGAGUUCUUGGGGAAGGACGGGACGACGACGAGGAUCGCGCGCGGGCUUGGAUCGGCAAGUGGUCUGUUCACUGGAUCGGCGCGUAACUGGUACGGACCGAUCCAUUAG